AGGGGAUUGGAGCCUCAGUGACACUGGUACACAUUUACUCUCCGGCACGUCUGUCAACCAUGCAUGGGGUCUCGGACCCUUGCUGAUUCUAAAUGAUUCUCUCUGCUGCCGCUUCAACGACAACCCUUUCAGGACUGUCAGUUCGUUAAGACCCUCAGAGACGCCAGGAUGAGGAUUCAAGACAGGAGGUGCCAUGCUCUUGCAUAAAUCCAUAUGGUCGUCAUCUGACCCACAAUGGCAUUUGCUGUUCCUAGCAGCAGCAUGGAUCUGCAGCAGGAUAAUGGGGCCUGCAUGCGAAAUCAUGUUAAUGACAACAGCCUGAAAGUAGAGGAUCCUCGAAUCAGAAGAUACUCCAUUCCUCCAGUUCAAACACCCACAGGAAAGCAUAUGCUUGCCUAUCUGCCCAGGCCGCCUACAGAUACCAACAGAUAUGGAACUUUCCCUCAGAAGCCUGAAACAAUGGUUGUCUCUGCCACAUCUUGUGAUGAUUACCAGCAGAAACUGGAAUUACCUCCACCCAAAAAAGGUGGCAUCAUCUCAAGUUUCAUACCGCUGUCAUAUACCCACAGUGUCAAAGGAACCCGGCAUAGGAGAUUCAGUUCUAUAGAACCUACAAAUACCUGUGCUACCCCUCCAGUUGCCAAGCAAAGGCCUAGUGUGACUAUUAACACAGAGGACUUACCCCGAUACCAACGAGCUUCCAAGCAGGAGCCACCUCAACGAGAUAGCGUCUCAAAAUGGUAUCCCAAACAUGCCCUUAGUGUUCCAAAUAUUCCCCUGCGAAGUAAAACCCCAACCCGUAGUGUUGUCUCAGCUCCAGCCACCACCAAAUCACACAGGAUUCGUUGUAAGCUCAUGUAUGAUGAUCGUCAACUCUUUAACCUCACUAAUCGUCAAACACGCCAGAGGUAUGUCACCAAGGAUGGGAAGUGUAGGGUCAACCUUGGACGUAUUAAUGAAAAGAAGAGGUUUAUAUCAGAUAUUUUUACCACCAUCGUGGAUCUAAAAUACCGCUGGUUCAUUUUUGUAUUCAUGUUAUGUUACAUUGUCACCUGGGUUGCAUUUGCACUUAUUUAUUUUUUGGACGUCUUCCUUAGAGAUGACAUGAAUCACAUUGGGGAUCCUGAGUGGAAGCCUUGUAUUGAUAAUGUUGACUCCUUCCUUUCUGCCUUACUUUUCUCUGUUGAAAGUCAAAGAACGAUUGGCUAUGGCACUAGAAUGGUAACUGCCUAUUGCCCAGAGGGUGUAAUAUUAAUCAUGGCUCAGUCAAUCCUAGGGUCCAUGAUUGAUGCACUGAUGGUGGGCUGCAUGUUUGUAAAGAUUUCUCGGCCUAAAAAGAGAGCCGAGACUUUAAUCUUCAGUAAGAAAUGUGUGGUGUCGCACAGAGAUGAAAAGUUAUGCUUGAUGUUCAGAAUUGGAGAUCUACGGGAUAGCCACAUGGUGGAUGCCAAGAUAAGAGCUAAACUUAUCAAAUCUAGGCAGACGAAGGAAGGUGAAUUUAUUCCACUGGAGCAAUCGGAGAUCAACCUGGGUUAUGAUACUGGAGAAGACCGUCUGUUUCUGGUGGAACCUCAGAUCAUCUGUCACAACAUAAAUGAUCACAGCCCAUUCUGGGAAAUGUCUGCAGAGUCCUUGAAACGAGAGCAGUUUGAAAUUAUUGUAAUAUUAGAGGGCAUUGUAGAAGCUACAGGAAUGACAUGUCAAGCCAAGACCUCCUACACAGAAGAUGAAAUUUUAUGGGGUCACCGCUUUGAGCCUUGCAUGACUCUGGAGAAAGGAGCAUUCCGCGUUGACUACUCUCAUUUUAACAAGACAUUUGAUGUCCAGACACCCUGGGCAAGCGCGAAUGAGAUGCAAGAUAUCAAAGAGAGUGAACAGAAUGACAGAUCGACUCUCAGCCUCUUUUGGGACAAUAAUAUGUUUCAGACAGUUCCUGAGGACCCAAAUGCAGAAAUGGAGAGCACAUCUCAGAAUAACCAAGACAGGGUGGACUUUCCCCGCUUUCCUGAAAGCACUCGAGAUGUUGAAAGUAAUGACCUUGAUGUGUGAUAGAAUACUCUUUGUCUUUAGUUGCCAAUGUGUAAUGAUUUACAGCAGGGAGAAAGAAAACACUUAAAACAUGUUUUCAACCUAUAAAACUAACAUGUUCUUCAAGUCAAAUGUAAUUCACAGUAAUUACUGUUCUGUACUGUAAUUCAAUUUAUAAUUACGAUCGCAUCCAAGUGUCUUUUGCUACAAUAUCGAUAUGCAAAUGCUUUAUAUUACAUGAAUGAAUACGUUUUCAUUUUUAAUUCCACCUAAUUUAUGCCAGAAUUUAAAUCCAUAUCUACUUUAUAUCCCACUCAACAUCAAUUCCUUUAUUCAUGCCUUUUCACAUUUCUUCUGCCAUUUUUGUUUCUUACACUAUCUGUGUUCUUACAUUACACUAAACUUUAUUUAUUUGUGGCAAUAAAACAAUUUACAGGGUCAA